AUGACUUUCUUACCAAUUUAUCGUUAUCGUGCGUUCGGCGAUCCAUUUCAAGAACUAUUCGGUAAUCAGCUUGCUUUUUUCGAUCCAUGGAAGGACUAUAAAGCAACGGAAAUGAUUCUACCGAGUUCGUUCCGAUGGAUCAACGAGCCACUUUGUUUUACUCGCAGACGCUUGAAAUCGAGACUCAACGAAAAUUUUCGUGUUCAAAUCAAUGUCGAUGGUUUCAAUCCAGAAACAAUUCAAACAAAGAUUGAAGGCAAAAAAUUAAUUGUACAAGCCAAGCAUGAAGAUCGUCAGGCUGAUGGUGAUUUCAAUUAUCGAGAAAUGAGAAAAAGCUACGAUCUCCCUGAACAUGCCGAUAUGAAUAAUGUUGUCUCGUUCGUUACGUCAAAUAACAUGCUUGUCAUUGAAGUGCCAAUUCGUGAUCCAGAAGUCGAACGUAAGUUAGUAGAAGCACAAGCUGAAGCAAGCAAAGAAGUAGCUCAAUUUGGACAAUAUCGCGAUCCGAUUUUUGACUAUGUUGGCUUUUUGAAUAAUUGUGGUUUCCAUCAACGUAUUGUUGAAAUAGAUGACAAGGGACAAAAACAAUUGCAAAUAUUGUUACCUAUGAAAAAUGCCAAGCCUGAUAUGGUUAAAGUUUCUGUGAAAGAUAAUCAAUUGACGGUUCAAUGCGAAAGUAGUUACAAGGACGAGACUUGUAAAGAACGAUCAUUCUUUCGAAAAUCAAUAACCUUACCACCGGGCACGCAGGUCGAUCAAUUACAAUCACAAAUAACAGACAAUGGCGAAAUCAAAAUCGAAGCACCUUACGUUGAACCAACUCAACAAUAA